AUGAAAUUCUUAAGUAUCACAUACUUCGUGUUCAUACUAGCGUCAGUGGUACAAUCAGCGUUAUUGGGGAUCGAUUAUGGUGGAGACUUUCUUAAAUCAACCUUAAUUGCCCCAGGUAUCCCGUUUGAAAUCGUGUUGACUUUGGAAACCAAGAGAAAGGAACCAUUGUCGAUCGCAAUGAAACUGAUUGCUGACUCCAAGAAUGAAUUCGAAAGAUUUUACGGCUAUGCCUCGACCCCGAUCUGCUCACGGUUCCCAGAAACUUGUGUUACUGCCUUGAAAAGUCUCUUGGGACAACCAUAUUCCAACCAAACUUUGAUCGAACAUUACAGUUCUAUGCAUCCUGGUGUUCAAAUGCUCGAGAAUGAGAAACGAGGCACUGUGGAUUUCCAAUUUGACGACGGCUCAGUUUACCAAAUUGAAGAAAUCAAUGCCAUGGUUCUCUCUCACAUCAAAGAUCGGGCCCAAAAGUUUUUGAAGCAAGAAACUGGAAGCAGUUACUUGUCCGAUGUGGUUUUAACCGUUCCAUCAUACUUCACCUCGAGUCAAAGAUUGGCAUUGAUUAAUUCUGCUAACAUUGCAGGCUUUGUCAAUGUUCGGUUAAUUGAUGAUGGUGUGGCCGUUGCCGUCAAUUACGCUUCCAAUAAUAUCAAAUUUAACGAAAAAAAGAAGCAGUACCAUUUGAUUUACGACAUGGGUUCCACUUCCACUAAAGCAACGCUAUUGUCUUUUGAAAAGGACGAGAAAUCUUCAGACUCAUCAAUUGAAGUCUUGGGUUAUGCCGUUGACCAGUCUUUGGGAGGUGAACAUUUUACCAAAACUAUCUUCGACCUUCUCAAGACCAAGUUCCUUGAGAAGCAUCCGAGCGUUGAUGCUAAAGCUUUCACUAGCAAUAAAAAAGCCAUGAAUAAGUUAUGGCAAAGUGCUGAAAAGACCAAAUUGAUUUUGAGUGCCAACAAUGAAGCGUCAUCCUCGGUCGAAUCUCUAUAUAACGAUGUUGAUUUCAGAGCGAUAAUAAGUAGACAAGAGUUUGAAGCUGCCAAUGCCGCUUCAAUUGGGAGAAUCAUUCAACCAGUUUUGGAAUCCUUGGCAAGCGACUUGAGCUCCUCCGGCAAGAAAUUCGACAUCAAGCAACUUGAUUCAAUUCUUUUGUUUGGUGGCUCCACCAGAGUCCCAAUGGUUCAAAAAGAGUUAGCCAAUUUGGUUGGUAAAGACUCGAUUUCUAAAAACGUUAAUUCUGAUGAAGCCGCAGUUCAAGGUGGUACAUUGAGAGGUGUGGUGUUAUCUAAGAUGUUUAGAGCCAAAGAAAUCGGCGUAACUGAACACUCUCUUUAUGAUUAUGAUAUGGAUUAUUCUGUUGAUGGGAAGAGCUCUAAAAAAAUUUCGGUUUUCCAAAAGGGAUCUAACUUGGGUAAUGUCGUGAAGAUUGAAUUAGGCAAUUUGAAAAAUAUUGAUAACAAGGAGUUUGAAAUUAAUUUAUACGAAAAUGAUGAAUUAGUGGAAACUGAUAAGUUCAAAAAUGCUAAAUCGGAAAUCAAAAAAGCCGUGGACAAAUUAUCUAAAGAGUAUGAUUUGGAAAAAUGUAAAAAAGAUUCUGGGUUGACAUAUGAUGCUUAUUUCACCCUUGACUAUAGCAGACUCUUUGAACUCAAGAAUGUUACUGCCAGUUGCUCGUCCGAAUCCAACGGAUCUAAAGGGUUUUUGCAAGGUAUUUUACUGAACAAAGAUGAGGAGGAAAUCGACGAAGAUGCUAAUGAUACUAAUAGCACGGAACCUGCCAAGUCAAAGAGCAUCAAACCAAAGAAAUUGAACACAAUUGUUAGUCAUUCUAAAGAAUACCCAGCGAUCAAGCCAUUAACUGCCAUUCAAAGAGAUAGUUCUGAAAGAAAAUUGAGAGACUUGAGUUAUAAAGACCAGAUUAGAGUUCAAAAGACGGAAUUGAUGAAUAGUCUAGAAGGUGAGCUUUAUUCACUCAGAUCAACCGUUGAUGAUAUCAUUGAUGAAAUUGGGGAAGGAACAUCGAAAAAAUUCACUAAUAAGGAAAUGAAAUAUGUCAAGGCAUUCAAGCAAUUGAUAAAUGAUUACUUGGAAUGGUUAGAAGAUCAAUCUUACGGGAAGGGCUUAAAAGACUUGAAGACAUCGUUCAUCAAUAAGAAGAUUGAAAAACUAAAUAUCAUUGACAGUUAUUUAAAUAACCCUAUCGGGGCAAAACACUUUACUGUCCUUGCUAACCAAGGAACUAAGGUUUAUGAAGAGUUCAGUGCACUUUCCAAGACUUUCUCUGAUGAAUUCGAAGCAUUAUCACAGACUUAUUUGGAUAAUGAUCUUACAAUCCAAAAUUUCGAAAAAGACAGCCAAAAAAUUUCCAAGAGUGCCGUUUUGAAGAUUGAAGAGUUGAAUCUCGAAAAAGAAAGUCUUAAUUUUGUGGAAACUUUAGAAAAAAUUGAUGAAGUGAUCAAUGAAUUAGAAAGUACUGGGGAAAGGAAUGGUGAUGACGAUGAUAUUUCUACUGAAGAUGCUGAACAAAUUUUAAAGAGCUUCCGGUUAUAUACUACCACAUCGUCUAAAAUUGUCGAUUUACAAAAAAUGAUUGCCAAAAUUGAAAAAGAACAAAGCCGUCGUGUCAAACAAUUGAAGAAAAUGAUGGACAGCCGAUUGAAAAAGAGAAAGGAAAAAUUGGAAAAGACUGAUGACGAUAGUACUUUAGUUGAGUCAAGCGAGCAAGACAAACCGACAGAAGACCUGAAUGCUCAUGAUGAAUUAUGA